AUGUCAGACUGCAGUUCAGAUGACUUUUCCAUAUUCGAUUUCUCAGCCUUCACCGAGGAUGACUUUGCUCGGCUUGAUGCAAUUCAAAACAACAUCAGUUCUCCGAGGGAAAUGGAAAAGGAAGAUUCCUUCCAAAUCGACACGUCAGCCAUCCUAAACUUGGAAAGUCUGACUGAAGAAGACUUUGCCAAACUAGACACUAUGAUAGCUCAGGGAGAUCCCAGCAUCGCAAUCGAGUUGGAAGAGCCUCCUCUUGAGAAAGAGAAAGAGGAGAAGACGCCCAUUCAACAGUUCAGACACAACGGAAUAUUGUCUGUAUCCGACUUGGUCUCUCCUUUUUGGUGCGAGGUUCAAUUCGACUAUGGACUACGACAGAGACGAUCACGGCCAAUUGAAAAACGACCAAGAUCCUUCGUUUCUUCCAAAGGGAAAAAAAUAUCUGUUGCAAAGUCUGUCGCCGCUAAAAAUGAUGUGAGGACGAAGCAGGGCAAGGCCGUGCAUAAGGAGUUGGAACGUGAAAUUCGUCAGGAGGAGUUGAAGGUAGAGAUUCGCAGUGAAGAAGAGCGUUGGGCUAUUCGCAUGGUUAACAUCAUUGCGAGCCUGAAAACUAUCAUCGAAGAGGGUUUUACGCGCGAGAUGCCAGUUUUUGGUGUUAUUCAUGACAAAGUUAUUGUUGGCAUAGUGGAUGAAGUUUACAAGCCUCCACUGACUACAAAAGCUACUCCGGGAAAUCAUGUGUCAGCUAUCUACAAGAAUGAAUCAGCCUCCAUCACUCCGCCACCAUUGACUCAUUCUCACUUACCAUCUUCCAAUGCUCAAUUGCACACACUGCGUAUCAUAGACACCAAAACCAGGCUCAAUGAAUCUCUUCCCAGAGAUGAAGACACACUUUCGUCACGCUUGCAAGUGAUGUUAUACCACCGGCUUCUAUCUGAUCUUGUGACAUUAAACCCACCUUACGAUUUCCCUGCAUUAUGGAAGAAGUUGGGGUUGAGGUCUGCCCAAAACUUCUCCACAGCUUUUCUAGUGGAAGCAAAACUCAUUUCACAUUCAGACGAUUUUCAAGUCGUAUGUCUCGAUGACUUGGCGACAUCCUGGCAUAACUUGGUUGCAUGUUCAAAUAUCUCUUCCGUGGAUCCUACAUCAGAACUCGUUUAUCGACUUCAACCUGAGUCUGGAAAAGGAAAGGGCAAGAUGAGAACGCCUGCCGUAUCACAAUCUGACGGUUACGAUAACAAUGUCGCAAAGGUGGAGAACACCUCAGGGAACGUAGGUACAAGUGCACUGGCAGAUGAUCCGGGUGACCUCGCGCUCCAAUGGGCGAUCCAACGAUCUUUCGAUCGCAGCGACACUUCGGAUAGCCGGAUUGGAGAAAAAUCGAAUGUUCAGCUCCACGAAUUAAAGAACGAAAUCGACCAGUUCAAGAUUAUCGGAAGGAAGAAAGUUUCUUACGAUGGCUCUUUUUUGGACAACCAUAUCACUGAUAUCUUCCGAUGGUGGUCUGGUCUUCGAAAACCUCGAGGAGUGCCAAUCGAGCUGGUUCGGCGAUGCUAUACGUGUGAAUACUGUUCGGACUGCGAAUGGCGGGAAGAGAAAGCAAAGGAAAGCGGAGCUGGAGUUCAAUCAAGUGGCGAGGCUUCUCCAUGA